AUGAGUGUACCGGCUCAGGAUCCUGGUUCUGAACAGUUCCAACAGUUUCCUUCUAAUAGAAUCAUUGUGAUCCAUCCUGGCUCACUUUUUAUUAGAAUAGGUAGAGCUUCAGAUCUUUUACCAGUUAAACAACUCCAUUGCAUCGCUAGGAAACGGCGCCCAGGAGGUAAAAUAUAUCGCGAUCCUUUUGUACCUCCAAGUGUACCCAAAACGAAAGAACUUAUUGAAGAAUUAGAAGAAUGUAGGCUACAAAUAUCACACACGCUUCAGUCUUGUAUGCAGUCUAACGGCGCUAGACGAUACGCGACACCACCUCAACAAAUCGCGGCGUUUAAUCGCAGAUCCUUACCAGAAACUGUGAACGAUGGUGAACCCUGGCCUCAAGUACAGUGUGAGAUCGUUGUUGGUGACUUAGUACUCGACAUUGAUCCAGAAUUGCCUUAUAACAUACAUUUUCCAUUCCGAAGAGGUGAUUUCAAUCUUCAUUCUGAAGUAGGUGGUUCUAUUUCCUCUGUUUUAAACGACUUGUAUUCUAUUUGGAGUUCUAUAAUAGAGUACAAGUUGGGUAUACCUCUGAUUGAACUAAUAAAGUAUCGGUGUGUUUUGCUAAUACCAGAUAUUUACUCAAGAAGUCAUUUAAAGUACCUCACUACAUUAUUGCUUAAAGAUUUAGGGUUUGGACACUGUUUUCUCCUUCAAGAGAGUGUUGGCGCGACUUUUGGCGCCGGUAUAGGCUCAGCGUGUGUUGUAGAUAUUGGCGACCAAAAGACAGCCAUUUCUUGUGUUGAAGAUGGUAUUUCCCACAAAACAACAAGAUUAAGAAUGGAUUACGGAACUGGUGAUGUCUGUCAAGCUUUAUCUUGGAUGUUUCAUAAAAGUGCUUUUCCAUAUAAAGAUUGGAAUGAGAAUGUACCAAGAGACGUUAUCCUCAUGCGUAAUCUCUAUGAAGAAUUUUGCCAUGUAAAUCUCGAUGUGUGUGGACCACAGGAAAAGACAUUUCUAGUUGAUCAUCCUGGUGAUGUAGUUAAUAAAUACACAUUACAAGUUGGUGAUGAAUGUAUCAUAUCACCCCUAUCAUUAUUCUACACAGAUUUACUGAAAAUAACUGGUCCAAAAACAACCAAAAUACAAAAUAGACAGCCAAGCGACGCAGAGGAUCCUUUUGAUGCAGAAUUCUUGAGAGAAACUGGUAGAAAGCGUGAAUCAGCAGAUCCCAUAGCCAACGAAAGCCAACAAUUAGAAGCAAUAAAUGACAAUCAGCCUACUACAAAUCCAGAUGAUGAUAUAGUUGUGGAUACAUUAGAGGGCACUCCGGCUGACAUAUCAAUGGCUCCAGGGCAAGUGCUUAGCUUAGACGCAGCAAUAUUACAAAGCAUAGACCGUUGCCCCAACGAAGAGUUAAAACGAAAGAUGUACAGUAGUAUUUUAGUCGUCGGAGGUGGAGUCAAAGUUCAUGGCCUAAAUCUAUGGCUGCAAAAUCGAUUAGCACUCCAAAUCCCAUAUACAUACAAGACUGAACAAUUAGAAAUAGUGACAUCACCGAAGGAUAUAGAUCCGGCAAGCACUGUUUGGAAAGGUGCAGCGGUUAUGUCGUGUUUGGAAUCAGCAAUAGAGUUAUGGAUAAAUCAAACCGAAUGGAACAGAUACGGGUUAAAAGUAUUAAGAGAGCGUGCUCCUUUCAUAUGGUAGCAUUUAAAACUUGAUGUUAGUUUUUCAUGUAAAAAUAUUGUCCAUACUGUUAGUUUGAGUCUUAAUAUUGCAUUAAUUUGAUCUGAGCUGACUAUAGUAUAAAAGAUAUACUAGAAAUGUGUCAUUAUUAUUAUUAUUAUAAGAAAUCAAAUCAAAAACAACAAAUAGAACAAAGAAAUUGAUUGUCUCAUCAUUAUUAUUAUUAUUAUAAGUAAUCAAUCAAGAACAACAAAUAGAACAAGGAAAUUGAUUGUGUCAUCAUUAUUAUUAUUAUAAGUAAUCAAUCAAGAACAACAAAUAUAACAAGGAAAUUGA